AGCCCUUGCUAUUGAUCCAGCGGUUUUGAACAUAUUAUUUUAGAACAUCUCGUAAAAUAAAAUGUCAAAAUGGCUGUGUUUGUGGCGAGGAUACAAGGUUGAAUCACUUGCAAGGUCAUCAAUAUAUCCAACAAGACAUUAUGCGAGCAGAGAAAGCCAUGCAAGCUCAAGUGGAAAGAUGUUGAAAUCUGCACCAUUAGCUGGUGUAAGGGUAUUGGAUAUGACAAGGGUUCUUGCAGGUCCAUUUGCAGCAAUGCUUCUGGCAGAUUUAGGAGCUGAAGUCAUUAAAGUGGAAAAACCAGGAUCUGGUGAUGAUACAAGGUCGUGGGGGCCACCAUUUUGUAAAACUGAAAGCUCAUACUUUUUAUCAGUUAACAGGAACAAAAAGAGCAUCGCUGUCAAUAUGAAAUCUAAAGAGGGCUCCAGUCUUUUGAUUGAGCUUUCCAAGAAAUGCGAUGUUCUUCUUGAAAACUACCUUCCUGGUAAACUUGAUAAGUUUGGUCUUGGUUAUGAUAGCCUUAGCAAGCUUAACCCUUCACUGAUUUACUGCUCUAUAACUGGUUAUGGCCCUGGAGGGCCAUAUGAUCAGAGGCCAGGCUAUGAUGUGGUGGUGUCUGCUAUGGGAGGACUCAUGCAUAUUACAGGACCUGAGGAUGGGGAUCCGUGCAAGGUGGGAGUGGCGAUGACUGACCUAUGCACAGGACUCUAUGCCCAUGGUGCAAUCAUGGCAGCUUUGAUUCAAAGAGAAAAAACAAAGAUAGGACAGAAGAUUGAUUGCUCACUCUUAUCGUCACAGAUAGCUGUUUUAUCUCACAUUGCAACUAGUUAUCUAAACACUGGUUUUGUGACAGGCCGUUAUGGUACCGCACAUCAUAGCAUUGUGCCAUACCAGGUCUUUCCUACCAAAGAUGGUCAUAUCAUGGUUGGUGCUGGAAAUGAUGGCCUUUUCAAAAAGCUGUGCAAGGUUAUUGAGAUGCCCCGUCUAACGGAAGACCCCAAGUAUAAGACAAACAAUGCACGUGUACAAUACAGACAUGAGCUGAUUCCAAUCCUUGCUGAUAAGUUAACUGAAAGGGAAUCUAAUGAGUGGUUGCCACUGUUAGAGGAAUAUGGCAUCCCUUCAGCGCCGAUCAACAACAUCAAGCAAGUAUUUGCUGAUCCCCAGGUCCAGUAUAAAAACCUGGUGCAAGAAGUGGACCACCCGACUAUAGGAAAUGUCAAACUGCCGGCGCCUGCCGUGGAAUAUGAUGGUGUCACGCGACUGGUCACGCCAUCGGCUCCCCCACUUCUCGGACAACACACCACAGAGGUGUUGCGUGACAUAUUGGGAUGCGAUCAGAGUCUCAUCAAGUCCCUUCACCAGUCAGGAACUGUUCAAAGUUAUAAAGAAUCAAACAGCUGACAGUAUACAUUACAAGCAUACACAAUUAAUAAUAGCUCGGGCUCUCUUUGGACCGUUCAGACAGAGGGGCUGGUAAUAUUCAGUAGAUUUGCCAAAGGUAGCCCAAACACAAGGGAUUCCUCUACAGCUUUUUACUUUUUUGUCGUCUCCCAUUGUUGCCUUAUCUUACCUUACUUGGUAGGAUAGGCUUCGGUCUAAAGAAUCCGAAUAAAUAACAAUACCCAUUAAGAAAUGUAGAAAGGACAUUUUCUGAGUAUGAAAAGACUGAUGGGUGCACAAUGUGUGAGAGGGUUUUUUACACAUCAAUUCUAUUAAAAAAGGUGUUUUAAAACCCA